GGUUCCCGUAUUCCGCCGGCCGUUACAUCCCAGUUUCGCGCUUUCUUCUUACCCCCUUCCCAUAUGCUCCGCCCUUCAAUUAUUUAUUUCCGGCUUCGCAGCGGCGAAAUCCCCAACUUCUUCCCGCACAGGAGAGAUCGGGUUUUCCGUGUCGUUUCGGCCCGAUGUUUCUGACGGAGAAGCAUUCGUCCCCUUUUUCCCUCUUCUUCUCCUUCAACGCUAAAAAGACGCCCGCCGGCGGCGUCUCAAAGCCAUUUGAAGAAACCCUAAUCAUUCGGCUGAGUUCCCUCCUCCCGAUCCCCGACUCCUCGCCAUCAAUCCCUCUAACGUGGCUCUCCCGCGCCAUAGAUCUGCUAACCCAAACUCUAGCUGACGCGACCGCGAUCAUCUCAGAUCCCUCCCUCUCCGUUACUGAUCGCGCCGCCCUCUCUUCUCACCUCGACUCCAGCGUCGCCCUCCUCGACGCCUGCAACGCGAUCUCUGCCGCAGUUGAUCACAUCCUUCACGGCCGCCUUCUCGUCCGCCUCGCCCUACACCUUAUCUCCUCUUCGUCGUCGCUCUCCCCCGAUCGACGCUGCCGCGUUCGCUCUGCGAUCGCGGAGUGGGAGGCUGCAGACGCCGCACCGGCACCGCCGUGCGACUCCAACGACCUCUCUCGACUUCGACCCAAGGAUCCGAAUCGCGGAAGGCUCACUGCCGUUCGCCGCGCUAUUUACGCCGUCGAGGCGGUCUCCGAUCUGGUGGCGAGAUCCACCCUUGCCUUUUUGGGGGAGAAAGGUGAUUUUCUUUCAGGAAUUCGUGUGUCUAGCGAUUUUGCAUGGGCGGCAGCGUAUAACGAGAUUGCCGCGAAGGUCUCGGCCAAGCUUUGUUGUGGGGAGAUCGCUGGCGAGGUCGAGGCGGCGAAGACUAGUGUGAAGAAACUGGCAGUAGCCGUGGACAAGGACGACGGCAGUGGGGAAGUAACAGAAGAGGUACGGGACGCCGUUCGGGGAGCGGAGGAGGCAAUAGAAGAGUUGACGGAAGGUUUGGAUCGAUUGGCUAACGCCGUUAACACCCUUUUCCGCGCGGCUUUGGAAACGAGAGAGGCAGCCCUUCAGUGCUUCAGGGUUGCGCCGGGAAGGUGUAAUUAGGAAUUAUCUGCCUUUUUUUAUGUCAGUGUAACGGGUAAUUCUCUUGCGCCAGCUAUAUCUUGCUUGAACUAAUAUUAAUGAAAAUCUGGGCUUUUACGGUAA